AUGCUCCGAGUAACCCGCCUCGCCCCCGGCCGCCGCGCCCUGCUCCCACACCCGCACCUCCCCGUCCCCACCGCCGCCCCUCCCGCCACCGCGCGCUCGGUAACCUUUGUCACGGGCAAGAGCAGCACCACCCGCCCGGUCAUCUUGACCAGCAUGGGCAGCGGCAUGCCCAAGCCCAACCCCUCUAGCUCGUCCCGCUUCUUCGCCCGGCCGCCGUCGGCGUGGGGGCCGAGCACCAUCUCCACACUCGCCCUCGGCAGCAUCCUGGGCGGCUCGUGGUACAUCUGGGAAGCCGGACGCGACUACAUGGUGGCGGCCGAGGCAGACCGGUAUGAGCCGCGGAUGUUGGGCACGCACCGCGAGGGGAAGAUCAACAAGGAUUAUACGCUGGUUUGGUCAAACCAAGCCUCAAGCUCUCAGGCUACCUCCGAUGAUGGAAUCGCGGUUGGCGAGCUGCCCGAUGGCUGGGACAUUGGGCUUCUGUGGGCCUUUGGAAACACUAUGAUCCUUUCCUCUGAGAAAUUGGACAGUGAUUGGGUUUUGUAA